GCAGAGACAGUCGAAUCUGCCGCCAUUUCGGAUUCCGCGCCGCGUCAGCAUCGCGCCGAACACACAGCGCUGCAAGAGCCGACACGGGGAGCUCUGCAUCCAGCUUCAUGACCUCGUCGAGCCGCCCUCGCAUCGGGAUAGGGAGACCGACACCAAUCAUACGAGGCGGUUCCGACCAGACACGCCUUCUGCUAGGGACGCGUUCAUUUCAGUACAGGAAACAGAAAGGUGUGCUGUGAUUACCUGGAGAGAGGAGAAUGCAGUCGCUGGUGAAUUUACAACACGCUGUCUCCUGCUGUUUAAAGUGUUUCGUUUGGGUUGAAAUGUUUUUUUUUUUUUUUUUUAAUAUAAAUAAUUUAUGAGUUUUGUGUUUGUUUCUUACCUGCACGGAGUUCUGAGAAAAGAAAAUAAUCAAUUUUCUCUGUUGAAUUCCACACACAGAGUGGAGCGUGUCAUUCGUAUCUACAGACAAGUCGAGCUUUUCAAUGAGAUUAUUUACUGAAAAAAAAACAUUUAAACGCGUUUAAAUUCUGGUAGAUCAUUGCGGGAUUCUGAAAGACGGAAGUUACUCCUUGCAAAGUCUGUUGUUUGUGUCAUUUCUUUAUCACACCAGAGAAGUGAUGAAUAUAUUUGAAUGGGAAGGCUACGAUAAAAACACAUAUAUCUUACUAAAUACAAACCGAAGGCGGUGUUUCUGAAUGCAAAGAGGAUUCCGCUAGACCAGUCUCAAACUAAACCAGUGAAGAUGGACGUCAGUGUCUCCGUGUCGUUGUUUCAAGACGAGCUCGCCUCCACCGUCGAGCUCGCAGUGAAAGCGGCUGCAGACAGCGUCGUGUGCGCGAUUACUGAAGCUGUGAGCAGCAAAUUCACUGAAUUACAAGAGGACAUGUCUGCAGUGAAGAGAGAGAAUGAAAGUCUGAAGCUGAGAUUGGAAAUAUCAGAGAGCGAGCUGAAAGCCGUGCGAGGGUGUAUAAACGCUGCACAUGCAGACAUUAAACAGCCUUUCAUAUUUCAAGAUCCCAUUGAGAGCCACGCAAUCCCUGAAUCUGAAGCACAGGAAGGGCCAAAGAUAGAAGCAGUUUACACACAAGAGGAGUCCUUUGAGCAGGAGUGGUGUGCAAGUCUAAUACAGGUUACAGAGCUGACAUGUGUUAAAGAUGAAGACGUCCCUGAACAGGAAUGUGUUCCUAUUAAAGAGGAAUUCAUAGAACAGGAAUGUGUCUCCAUCGCAGAGGAACGUCGUACUAAAAAUAAUGUCUGUACACUUGAGGAGAACACCAAGCUGGGAUCCAGCCUGUGUGAUGAUUCUCCAUCUGAAUGUGAUCUGGGAUUUGGAGCUUCUAAAGUAGAUGAAGGAGAACACGACUCCACUCCAUCACCCCAGUGCAAAAACUCUUCUAGAGGCAAACCACAGUGCAAGAAACACAGAGAAACGACACCCCAAGAAGAGUAUGUGAAGACAUUGAGAACUCACUCAGUUAAAAUCCCUUCUUUACAAGACAGACACCCACUUACUGUGGAGAGUACAGAGACGCCACAUUCUGCAUGUUUUAACAAUUCAGAAACCCAGGGCAACAUGAAGACCUUGCCUCAUUCUAUUAAAGGUGGGAAGAGUUCCUGUCAAUUAGACACCCCUGAAACUCACAAGGGAAAUCCCACAGGAGGGACUACGUUUUCCUGGGCUGAUUGUGGGAAGAGUUUCAAUCAUAUAUCACUGCUUAAAAGACACCAGCGCAUUCACACAGGAGAGAAACCUUCCCACAUACAGUCCAGUGAUAAGAGUUUCACACAGUUAGGACAUCUUCAUUCACACCAGCGCAUUAACAUAGGAGAGAAACCUCAUCACUGUGAUGUUUGUGGGAAGAGAUUCAGCCAUUUAAGAGACCUUAAAAGACACCAUACAAUUCACACAGGAGAGAAACCUUAUCACUGUCCUGUUUGUGGGAAGAGAUUCAGCCAGUUAGGAGACCUUAAAAGACACCAUCAAAUUCACACAGGAGAGAAACCUCAUCACUGUGAUGUUUGUGGGAAGAGAUUCAGCCAUUUAAGAGACCUUAAAAGACACUAUACAAUUCACACAGGAGAGAAACCUUAUCACUGUGCUGUUUGUGGGAAGAGAUUCAGCCAUUUAAGAGACCUUAAAAGACACCAUACAAUUCACACAGGAGAGAAACCUUAUCACUGUGUUGUUUGUGGGAAGAGAUUCAGCCUGUUUGGAAACCUUAAAAGACACCAUAAAAUUCACACAGGUGUGUAAGCCUAUCCCUGCACUUAGUGUGUGAAGAAGUGAAGUCAGUUGCAGGCUUUUACAGAACUUGAGAACAUUCUCAGAAUUGCAGACGCUUGGGGACACCUAGACAGCAUGAGUGCAUUUGACUAAAUACAGAAAUAUCUACUGAAAACAAAAGAAUAAACCUGCUUGAUAAACAGGGUCGCCCCUAAUCACAAUCUGUUCAGAUCAAAAACUCACAGACUCAAAUAUGAACGAGUACAUCUUGUAUUCAUCGUCUUGUUGAGCAUUCGGAUUGUGUUACCUCACAUUAGUAAUAUAUUAAAUAGAUUGUUAUUAUGAAUGCAUGUUUCUCUUUCCUUUCUCUUGCGUUGCUCAGCCUCUUGCAGUGGGUUCUGUGGAACCUUCCCCAAUACCACGGUGAAUCUGCGGUACCUCAAGACACAGCACAGUGUACUGCAGUUAUCAUGCGGGCAGCUUGCAGUGUAAAGCAGUACUGUUUCCAGCAGGGGGCACCAGAGAGCUUUUAGGAAUGUAAUGGGCUGCAUACCAUUGCUUCUUAACGAGAUGAUUUCUGCUCAGGAUGUGUUUAAUACUGCCCUCUCUCUCAGGUACUCUAUUAACAAACACAGGUUCUGUGUUUUUAAUAUCAAUUUGCUGUUUGACAACGCGACUACUAAACCAAAUAAAAUCUAUAUUAAAAAUGUUUUGCUGCCUGUAUUAAAUGCUGUUUUAAAUGUUGUUCAGUGUUUUGUCAAUCAAGGAUUUCAUUUUAAACAUCCAGUAAUAAAUACCGUAGAUGUCCUUGUUUCUGCAUUUCUUAUAUAUACCAUGACUGGAGUAGCUUUUUAAACUGCUGUCUGCUCAUACAAGCGAUCCAUGUACAAUCGGGCAUA